CUCGAACACGACUGAACAUAGAUAUCUGCUAUGCAGCCGUGUGUACACAAACAUACCACGACCCAUACGUCUCGCAAAAGGCGUCGGUCCCGGGGACAAGAUGAGGAAAUUGAUAAUAUUUGUUUGAAUAUGAGAAAGUUAAAAGUAGGACUGAUUCUAGAAGUCGUGUACAUUGGAGCGUAUCAUACUAUUAAAUAUCUGUCAUCUACCCUGCGACGCAGGGAUAAUAAAAAAAAAUUUCUUCAAAAAAGAGAAUGUGGAAAGUGCGAUUGGUUCUAAAUAUCGAAUAACUUGGACGUAUCACACUAGCAGUCAUCUUUCAGCUAACCUGUGACGCAGGGAUAUUUUUCGAAGCGAAGAGUAGGACUGGUUCUAAACAAAGUAUAACUGGGAACGUACCACACUAGUAAAUACCUGUCAUCUACCCUGUGACACAACUAAAGGGUUGAUCCUGAAAGGUAGAAACGGCACCGAUGACAUUCCCUUCCAGACACUGUGAUGUAACAGAGAUCACGGUUUGAAAGCAACUCUCAGUUCAUGGUCUGUUUCUGGAGGUCAAGGUCACAGGCUUCACGUGGAAUGCGCGCUCCCGGGAUCAGAAGCAACAUGAGGAGGUCAUGGGCAGUCUAGGUCAAUUCGUUAAUACCACGGUCAAGAUCACGGUCACAAAUAUCACUUGCAAUGCACGUGGCCGGAUUCAAAAUUGAGCCUGAAUUGUGUAUUUGUGCUGGAAGCCUCCAGUUGUCUACAUAUGUUCUGAGGGUCAAGGUCAAGGUCACGUGGAAUGAGCGGUGUCAGAUUCGGUAGCAAGCUACUGUGUGUGUGUUCCCUAUAGUGUUCGCGGUGUCUCAACGUUCACGGUGUCUGCUGUCUAGGCAUAUUUCUAAGGGUCAAGGUCACAGAUGUCACGUGGGAUGCGUUGUAUCAGACUCUGGAAAAAGCUGCUGUUUGUGCUCCUUAUAGCGUUCGCGGUGUGUCAACUCCUGCUGUCUCGAUCCAUGGGUCUGUCCUCCGAGGUAUACGUGAACGACGAAGUUGGAGUUGCUGCAAGGCAUGACGGACAGAUCAGAAACGAAUCUAAACUGCGUAGUAAAGUUCACGGUCAGGGUCGAGGUCAAGGUCAAGAGGCAGUUGGUCAAACGACAGUUAUUAUACGUUCUAACAACUCCAAAAACUUGAGCGUAGGUCAUAAUCGGAGUUCAGGUCCUAAUGACACAAAGAGCGUUCAUCACAACUCCUCAGGCUUGAUCGCUGGCGGUGCAGUGGGGAAGGCGUCUUCGGAAAUAUCUGCAGUUGAACGCAGAGAUCAGGCGCCAACGAAAUCUGACCAGCGUUUGAACGAGCUAUGGAAUUCGCUUGGUUGUGCUCCGAGAAUUGAAUAUCCAAAAGGCUACAUUAGUAGAACUUCCAAUGCAAGCGACAGAAUUAUGAUAAUGGUCGGUCCGGGGCGCCUCGGUAACAAAAUGUUUCAGUAUGCGUCUCUCGUCGGCAUCGCCCGCCAAACCGGCUACGUACCUUACGUCCAGAAUACAGACUAUCUAUUGACUGUAUUCCAAGUUUCGCAUGUAAUUUCUAAGAAACCUGGCAUUCUUCCGCAACUCGGCGAACACAGCUCGUCCGUGUACGAUUCGUGUCUGGAGGUUUUCCCCCGCAAUCAGAGUUAUCUCCUCACCGGAUAUUACCAGUCAUGGCGGUAUUUCAAAAAUGUGGAAUCGGAAGUGAAAAGAGAAUUCCGGUUCAAGGAUGCUACAAUGCGACUGGUUCGUGAGUUCUUCGGCAGUGCUCGGUUUAAAAACGGAACUACUACGAUCGGUGUCCACGUACGCAGGGGAGAUAUGGCGUUGUCCUACUCUAGAAAUAAGGGAUAUACGAUGGCGCCGAAGGAAUACUUGCUCCGAGCAAUGGCGCACUUCAGAAACAGGUAUUCCAGGGCUAUUUUCGUGGCUUGUUCUGACGACAUGAGUUGGACGAGGAAUAACAUUGUCGGCAAUGAUGUCGUUCACUUUUCCAGAAACAUCGAGACCGAUAUGGCGGUGCUGGCAAACUGCCAACAUAGUAUAAUAUCGACUGGCUCUUUCGGUUGGUGGGCCGCCUGGUUGGCGGGAGGGGAGACAAUCUAUUAUAGUAAUUUUCCCGCCAAAAAUACUUGGUUAGCAACACAGUACAAGAAGGAAGAUUACUUCCCGCCAUCUUGGAUUGGAAUGGGUGAUGAACAACAAACUACGACGACGACGACAUCGAACAUCAACUACGUUAACGACAAAACAAAAACAAACCAACAACAAACACGGUCAAAGAUAUGAUUUCGCGAAACUUAGGGACUUAUUUUUUUCCUCUAACAGUUUUCUACUGGGAUGUAUGCGGCCAUUGGAACUGAUUGAACGCUGAACGCUUCUCGUUUCGACAGCCUGCACCACCAGGUUGGAUUCUUUUUUAGCGAGAUUCCUUGCCU